AUGAAUGAAGUGUAUUUAACUGAUAAACCGCGUGUAUCGCGGAGUGGGUCAUCUGAACAACCACCAUCAGUAAGAAAAGAGCCGUUCACUCAUCUUUCGAAAGAAGAAUUAAUCGAAGAAGCUAACAAAGUACGGGCUCAAGCUCAGGGCAUCAGGUGCACCUCUGAUCAACCACCCGAGAAGUUCUUCUCCCUUCCUCAUAGAAAAAAAAAGGAUAACAAAAUUGGAAGGAGAAACAGUGACGAAGGUAGCCCAGAUAAAACUCCACUAGGCAGAUCUAUCAGUGAUGUGAGUGGCAAGAAAAGGAAAGAAAGAACAUCUUUGUCAACGUUGUUUAGAAGAGCGCAGAGAACCAGGAGCCCUGACGCACCAGUAGUUGUGUCAACAAACCCUGUCGUUGUUAAAAGAAGUAAAAGUGACGUUUCUGAUUUAAAAUCUAAUACAAACUUAAACACACAAAACAAACCAGUCCGUAAACGAUCUGGAAGUGAAACUGAGGAAUUUCUAAAAUCCUUGCGAAACAAGAAGACGCAGUUAUCGCCUAUUAUAGAAAGCUCACCGAGAGAAGAUUAUUUCAAAAAGACUCCUCCUCUUGAUUUAUAUCAAAAACAAAAAUUAGCACUAAAAGAAGGUAAAAUUGAAGAACAAAAAGUGGGUGAGAGUAAAAUAGUAAAUCCAGUAGAAAAACCACCCAGAUAUAAUAAAACUUCUGAUAAACCUGAACCAAAGGCACCUGCUCGAGCUAAGAGAGGUAAAUCGCACGAAAAAGAACAUUCUCCUCUGAUAACUAGUACACCUAAAAGAAAAACUGACAUUAAAAAGACACUUUUAGUAGACGAAAUAGAUUCACCUAAAGCUAAAGAAGCCAAUCAAAUUGAAAUCAAAGAUAGGAUAAAAGACAGUAUCCGAAAAAUUGAAGAGAACGUUUAUGGUGACAAAGAAAUGAUACACAGCAGUCAACAACCACCUGACAAGCCGCCUUUGACAAGAGGACACACUGUAGAUCACUUAGUUAGGAGGCUAAAAGAAGACCCGUGUACACAACCUCCUAUAUCUCAUUUAAUCUCGCAUACAAACGGAACUAAUACAAGUAAACCAUUCUCAUAUCUGAACCCCAGCGUGGGUCCUGAUCCUAAUAGGUUUGGGAAUACUACUAGUCUGGAUAGAGUUCCUUCCCCAGGUAAUAAAAUGGAGAAAGGAGUGGUUUACGCUCACGUAAUUAAAGAUCAUGAUACAAAUGUCAAUAAACUCAACAAACAAACAGUUCAUAAAACUUAUUCACCAUCGAGAGAAAAGUAUGGAAAUUUUUCAGAUGAAGAUGAAGGCUUAGGCUAUGAAGAAAGACACAAGUUUUCUAGUACUCGUAUGUAUGACUACGAUUACAAAAGUAAUAAUGACACUGAUACUCUAAAUAACCUUGAAGGGUAUAAUGUUACAGAUUCGCCAAUUAAACCUCGAUUUAGGGAAUAUAAACUGACAAAUUUUGAAGAGUUUGAGCCCACUUAUGCUAAUGAAUAUCCUUCUAAUGAUAAGUCUCCAGACUUUAUAGAUAAACACAGAGGACAAGCUGAUGGCAUGGAUACAAAAAAGAAGCAAUAUGAACCAGACUCUGCACGACUUGAUUUAGAUUUUAAUGAGUUGAGUUAUAGACGUCAACUGCUAGAAUCACGUCUUAAUGCUCGUCGUCACGAUCGUGAGAGAGUUGUUGAGGAACCUGUGAUAAGAUAUCUAGCUGAAGAUCCUAUUUAUGAGGCAGAAAAAAGAAUGAAAGCCACAGAACGGUUUGUGAAUGAAACAGUUCGUUAUUAUCGCAAUACGUUAGAAAGAGAUGGUUUUGCUGAAAGUAGCGUUACCGAAGACUACAGUAAAUAUGAUUCAGAUAAUCAUAAAAUUAAAUACAAUACAGAAUCGAGGUUAUUUCAAAAACCUCCCAAAGGAGAAGUCCACAGACGCGACUUCAUUGACAGAAUAGACACUAAGUAUAAAGGCAACAAGCAGGAUUUUCCUCCUGAACCAGAAUAUGAGCCUCCUAGCUUGGAUUCUAAUACCGGAAAACCAGUUCUUACAAAGGAUGAAUAUAAAGAAAAGAAGUAUAAAGUGAAAAAGCAACUUACUUCUAGUCACGAUGUACUGCAAACAGGACAAAAGUAUAAAGUAAAAGACGACUAUUUUGGUAAAAGAAAAGGGCAUUACGCAUCUAAUCCAGAGAUAGCUCAAGAACGUGAAGAAGAGUAUGCAAAUCUUCCCAAAUACGCUGAUUCUUAUCACUCUUUGCGAAGAGUAAAGAAUAAAGAUAAAUACAGGGAAGAUUUUGGUAUGAGGCGUCACGACUCUGGUGAUAGUAGAGAAUACUACAGAGAUGACAGAUCUCCUCGCCGGUUCGAGAUUGACAAUCGUUUAGUUGACUCGGGAAUCGAAAACGACUUUCGAAAAGACUCCAGUGGAGAAAUUCAUAGGACUCGCCACAAAAGACACGAAAGUGAUGAUGAUGUAAGAACUGUUUCACUAUUCUUGGCUAGUGAACGAAGGCACACAGAAGAUAAUUAUCCUAGUGAACAGAUUUAUGCAAAUGGAGAAUAUCUGGCAAAGUUCAAAGACCACCGCGAUGAGGGUUAUAGAAAGGAGUACAGAAUGAGAGACAGGAGUGAGAGAGAGAGAUAUGAUAAAAGUCCAAGUAGACUUGAUGACAAAAUCAGUGCGAAACCGCCUAAAGCAAAGAAGCUAUCUGGACUUGAAAAGAUGAAACAGCUAUUCUCUCGCGACUCUUCUAAGAAGAGCAAGAAGGAGAAGGAACCUGUCCAGCAGAAGACACGCACACGGGUACUCAAGAGCCCUGAACAUCUUGCCAAAGACGAGUCCGAAUAUAGAAGGUACACAGACCCAGAACCAAGUGACAUUGUGGUCAAGAAAAUUGACUACGAGUGUAGAGCAGACGAGAGGAGAUAUCUGAGCUCCAGGGAAGAUCUGGAUCGCCACAGGGGUUCACCACGCGACAGUGAUCCUGAGAGGAAGUAUAGGGAUACGGAGUACGAUGGAAGACACGACAGAACAUUAAAAGGGGACAGAAGAUACAAGGAGCGUAUAGAAGAAAAGAGAAGAUACAACUCGUCGGACAGAGAAAGUGACAGGCAGUCCAGGCCUUCGGAUGGAGAGAGUGAACUCAGAAAAUCCAGGUAUCGGGAUCCUGAGGUUCACAGUGACCUAAGGAAGUCUAGAUCAAGGCCUUUGGACUCACCCGCUCUGGCUGAGAGAUAUCGCGACAGACGCAGGCUAGCUACCCCGAGUCCAACCCCGUCUCCCCCACGUCGGCAAGUACCUCCUGCUACAAACAACUCCUCAGGCAACUGGUUCAAGUCACUCGACAGGCUCACCAGUAGGAAGAAAGGGAAAGCUAUUAAAGAUGCCAAAAUCGAAAAAGAGAGCACUUUAACAACAGAGGACGAGUCUCCUAGAAAGCCGUACACGAAACCUGCAAAACCGCUGAACUCCCCAGCAAAGAACCUCCGUUUCUUCGGCGACACCGAUCUGGAUUCAGAUGCUAAUGUAAAGACCCCUGCAGAGAAACGCUACACCGCCAAACACAGCACACUGAGAAAGACCACUUCGAAUUCCAGCACAGGGAUAGAUGAAAUUGACCACAGCGAGCUCUCACAUAAGAGCUACUCCUUGUCAAAUCUAAACAGAGACGAGAAAAGUGAAUCUCCACAUACGAAAAACUACAAACGGAAUCUGCAAAAUAUUUCCGAAAUUCAAAGUAACUCGGAAACAGAAAGUCAGUUCGAUAGAAAGGCUAAUAGCAGUAAACCUCCGAUAAAUCCUUAUGAGAGGUCGAGAAGUCACAGCAGUUCAAAAACUUUGAAGGGUUCGAAGGGAGAUGUAAGGAGGAGACACGAAGAACGUGGUAGCUCUUCUGAGCUCAGAGGGAGCAAGCACGAACUCAAUGGCACUUUAAAACACCGACGCAGAACACCCGUCACGAACUCUGGCGAGAGCAGUACCGAAGGCGACUCAAGUCACCAAUCACAGCGCAGUGUUGUCUACCUGCACGCUACUACUGUCGGUGAUAUCCCAGAUCCAGGUCGAUUAUCACGAAACCGAUCCCGAGAUGAUGUAUCAUCAGUCAACUCGUCGAAUCUUCAAGUCCGCAGUACCACUAAGAGCUUCUCUAUCUUCGCUCCAUGGACACCCAAACAUUACAACGACCAACACGACGUGCAUUACGCACAACGACCAAGGAAGCCCAAGCCUAAAGAAAUCGUAAAGAAGGCAUCUUCAACUAAAACGUUAACAGACGACCGACCAGCGACAUUACAAAAAAAUAAAUCGUACAGCCAAACAACAUUGACUCGACGUCCACAAAAUAAUAAUCGACUAACUAGCUCAAGUCAAACACUAUACAAAAAACCAGACAAGAGAAAUAUCACUAGAGACAGCAGAGAUAACGGCAACACUACAUUGAGAAAGUCAGUUACUCGAGAUGCCAAAAAAAGUCAAUCGAGUGAAAUCAUCAAUCGUGAUAGUGAUCGAGAAAGAAUUUCUAGAUCGAUAUCGAUGCCUAAGGACAAUAAUAAAAAGGCUGGCUGGUUCAAACUGUCAAGUAAAAAUAAAAAACCUGAGCUAAACACUAGAGUACGCUAA